AUGGCUACUGUAAUACCACCACCAUCUAAAAAGCAAAAGCGAGAAGCUCAACAGGUCAGAGAAGUCGAUCUCGUACCAGAUGAUGUCCCCAACGUAUUAAUCAAAUUCCAGGCCUCAGACACCGGUGAAUCCAUUGGUGGGUCUAUAAGAGUUCCAGGAGGAAUUACCGAAAAACAACUUGAAGAGUUGUUGAACCAAUUGCAUGGAGAAUCAGAUGAGCCUGUACCAUAUACCUUUUCCCUUUUAGGUGAUAAGGAAGACCUCAUUGACAUUAGGGAUAAUCUUUAUAAAUCUGUAUUGAAGCCUGGCCACAAAACAACCGAAGAUUUUAUGACUUUGGUGUAUACACCCCGAGCAGUAUUCAAAGUCCGCCCGAUAACCAGACUGAAUGCAGCUAUAGCAGGACAUGGUUCUACAAUUCUUUGCUGUGAGUUUGCCCCAAACGAUUCCGGAAGAAUGUGCACUGGUGCUGGAGAUUCCACCGCUAGAGUGUGGGACUGUAACACUCAAACUCCACUAUACACCUUGCUGGGUCACUCCAAUUGGGUUUUGUGUGUAGCUUACUCACCAUGUGGUAGUAUGAUUGCUACAGGCUCCAUGGACAAUACCAUAAGGUUGUGGGAUGCCGAUUCCGGUAAGCCUAUCGGUUCUGCACUUACAGGACAUUCGAAAUGGAUCUCCUCAUUAUCAUGGGAACCUUUACAUUUAGUAAAGGCCGGAGACUCACCAAGAUUAGCAUCCGCCUCCAAAGAUGGUACGGUGAAGAUUUGGGAAACCACUCGUAGGCACUGCUUGUUUACCAUGAGUGGGCAUACCAACGCCGUAUCUUGUGUGAAAUGGUCAGGAACAAACAUUGUCUACUCCGGAUCUCACGAUAAGACCAUCAAGGCAUGGGACAUCUCAGCCGGUGGAAAGUGUAUACAAACGUUGAAGAACCAUGCCCAUUGGGUAAACCACAUCUCGUUGUCCACGGACUAUGCAUUGAGAAGAGGAUGUUUCGAUCAUGCAUCCACUAGACAAACCAGCAAGACUAUGAGCGCUGAACAAAGACAACAAAAGGCAUUGGAAAUUUGGGAAAAGGCAGCUAAAUUGAAUGGUGUGAUCAAUGAAAGAAUGGUUACCGCCAGUGAUGAUUUUACUAUGUAUUUCUGGGAACCAACCAAGUCUUCUAAGCCAGUUUUAAGAAUGUCUGGUCACCAGAAGCUUGUGAACCACGUUGCAUUUUCACCUGACGGUAGACACGUAGUACUGUCAUCGUUUGAUAAUUCUAUUAAGAUCUGGGACGGUUUGAGAGGUACGUUCCUUGGUACCUUGAGAGGUCACGUUGCGCCAGUGUACAAGACUGCAUGGUCCGCUGAUAACAGAUUAUUGGUGAGUUGUUCCAAGGACACUACAUUGAAAGUCUGGGAUAUUAGAACCAGAAAGUUGAGUGUAGAUUUACCUGGUCACGCCGAUGAGGUUUACGCAGUGGACUGGAGUACUGACGGUAAGAGAGUUGCCAGUGGAGGGAAGGAUAAGAUGGUUAGGUUAUGGUCUAACUAG